CCAAAGCUUAUAUCUGACAAUGUACAAAAAUAGAUCAAGCAGAAGAGAAACCGGGAAGAAGUAGAAAGUGAAAGUGUGGCCAAGCCUUCUGGGGGUGGGUUGAAACUUUGGAAACGUGGAUGUGUUUCAAUGCACCGCGUUGUGAAAUGUAAGAUAAAUGGACAGAAACCAACGGUUUUGUUUAAUGUUAAGGGACAACCAUAUGGUGUGGCUGCUGUAGAGAUGCAAUCUUAUAUUGGAGUUUUGGCCAGGACUAAAGCUCCAAUAUGGUUUGACACUUGGAGGCAAGUUCCGGUAACCAUCAAGAACAAGAUUUGGAAAUCUGUCACGUCGGCGAAUUCGAAGUGGAAACAAUUCAAGAGUACCCUGACAUGUCGAUAUAUUAUUCCCUUUAGAGAUGAACCUGAGAAGCUCAGGACUCCACUAGAUGACUUCUCUUUCCUGGAGAAGAAUCAUUGGGAUAUUUUUGUUUUUGAUCGUCUAAGCCCCGAGUUCUUGAAAGUCCAUGAUGAGCAUGUGAAGAGAGUUGAGGAAAACAAAUAUCCUCAUCGCUUGUCCCGAAAAGGCUAUGCAAACCUGGAACAAGAAUGGGAGUUCUUAAGGGAACAAGUAUGUUCUGGUGUGCUUACUGAAGAAGGUGAUGAUGAUGUAUUGACCAAGGCUCUUGGGAAGCCAGAGCACGGUGGAAGAGUUCGAGGUCAAGGAAUGCAUAAUGAGAGUGAAGAUCAAAAAAUUGAUAUUGUGGAGAAGCUUGUGGAAGUAAGAGGACUAAAAGUAGAGAAGAAAGCUGAAAAAGAUGUCUUCGUUGAUGUUGAUUCCGGGGAAAGCCAAAUGGCACAGCUUGAUGUGGGUUCUGUGGACAAUAUUGUUGCGUAUGCAAAGGUGUAUGGAUUCUCCCAGAUGGAUGACCUCACCCUACAUGAGGUAGUGUACUACAUGGACCCCCUUAAACGGCGUAUAGAUAGUCAGGAGUGGACUGAAGUGGUUGAUAAUGCUAUAGUUUUGUACAAAAAUACCAUGAACACACCUAUGUUGAAGAAGAAAGUGUCCUGGGAGAAUAUGGCGGUCAUCCCGAUGCAAAAAGAGAAUGUAGACUGUGGCUUCUUUGUAAUGCGAUACAUGAAAGAAAUCUGUCAGGAUAAGGAGGUUGAAUUUGCUUCAAAGUGGGCGCGUCGGGGAAAUCUGGAAUACACCGAGGAUGACAUCAAUCAAACAAAGGUUGAAUUUGCAAACUCUCAAAACUUCUCUCCUCAAGAGUCCUGCAUUGUUGAGAUAUGCGUGAAGCAAUACCCAGACUACUCUUGUGGAAAAAGGCUUCGAAUGAAGGAGACUUUGGCUAUGACUCUACUAGAAAUUUCCACUAUGCCGCCAAGUAAGUUCAUCUCUCUAGCGCUCUCGGUAGUCUCGCAAAACCCUGUUCACCAAGGGUUUGACUUCCGAUCUCCACCUGGAAUUUUGCACGAUUGUUUAAAUUUUUGGAGCUAUGCAUUCGCCUUCAACAAGAGAAUAUCUAUCAGAGUGGAAUCGCUGGUUUUUUGAAGAUGGAUUCGGACAAUUCGAAGGUCAACACCGAGGCUAUUACUGUUCAUCUGCAAUUUUGAUUUCUCGAUUCACACCGAUCCAAGCAUUUUUGAUGGCUAGAAUUUUGAGAUUCUAAGCAUAUGGGGAUCCUCACUCAAGGUAUGAAGGUCGAUUCCAUAACCUUUUUUAAUUUCCACUAGAUUGAGGAAUUUUGAGCAUGUGCAAUUACUGUUCAAUGCGUGAACUGGACCUGGCCUUGCAGUGCUUAUUGCUUCGUCAAUUGCUGUUAUUGAUGUUUUGCUGUUGAGAAUUUGUUUUGGGUGGCUUGGAGUCCUCCUCUUAGAGUAUGAAUGUAUUGAGAUAUGUGUAUAUUGUCUCAGAUACUAUACAUCAAUGUAUUUAUAUUCUCAUUAAGACUUCCAAUCCUAUCAUGAAUCUAAAUUUCACAGGGAUUUCAUAGGCAAAGUAUAAUGCCAAAUUCCACUAUCAAAUCUUACUACUUUUACAGGUCUUGAACUAGGAUCUGUGGCUUGUGAUUGGGCAACAGGACAGCAUGAUCAAUGGUGCUAACAUCUAGAAUCUUCCGGUCUCGUACGACAAGCUAGGAGUAAGGUUACUUCUGAAGCUCUACUUCAAGGGCAACAUCCUAAUUCCCAAGCUCGGUUUUGAGACAAAGCGACAAAGCAUAAAUGCAGCUAUUAUUUGACCGGUACACGGUUGUGCAGUUAAGGGCAGAGAACUAACUAAACCUGUACUCAAGGUGACUAAUGAUAUGCCUAUGAAAGCUAAGCCCAGCUUUGCAGAAAUUUUCUGCGAGAAUAAAGACCAAAUCAAAGGUAUUCCUCUCCACAAUUUGAGCUUUAAGAGUUCUAAUUUAGACACAUGAGUGUUUUCCUCUUGUAAUUUCAAUUUGUCAUGAGUUGGUAAUGAUUAAAAUUCAAUGACAUAGUGCAACCUAAUGGGUAUAUUCAAAAUGUAAUAGUAAGCAAAUGGUUAACACUGCAAAUGGUUGUAAAUUGUACUUUCGAAUGAUCAUAAGUGCUCCAAUUCAACCUCAUAGAAUAUAUAUACUGCACUUUU